AUGGCGGCGGCGGCCUCUCCAGUGCCGGCGGCGCUGCCCCCGUUCCAGUUCCGCCCCCGGCACGACAGCCCGGACUGGCGGCGCCUGAGCGCCGUGGACGUGGAGCGGGUGGCGGCCGAGGUCAACGUGGCGGUGCUGCAGGAGCACCUGGCGCACGUCACCUUCUGCACCGCCGAGCGGGAGCGCUGCCCGCACUGCCAGGCCCCCGCCGACCCGCUCCUGCUCCGGCUGCUGCGCCUGGCGCAGCUCUGCCUCGAGUACCUGCUCCACUCCCAGGACUACCUCAGCGCCCAGCUCCGCGCCAACCAAGAGCUGCUCCGGUCCGCCGACGCCCACCGCGACCUGCUCGCCAAGGAUGUGGCCCGCGGAGCCCAGGAAAUCCGGCUGCUCAAGGAGGAGUGCAAGCGCCGCAAAAAGAUGAUCGGCACCCAGCAGAUGAUGCUCCAGGCCGGGGCCACCUACCACCAGUGCCAAUUUUGUGAAAAAGCGUUUAUGAACUAUUCCUUCCUGCACAGUCAUUUGCAGCGUCGCCAUGGAGAAGAGCCACCCAUUGAACAGAAGAAAAAAGCACAGACGGAUAAAUUACAGGAGGAGAUCAACAAGCUGAAGGAGCAGUUACAGCUUACCAAGUCUCAAUUAGAAGCUGAGCAACAUGCUCAUAUGGUCAAAUUAUCCAAGGAAUAUGAAGAACACCGAUCCAAGGAGGAGGAGAUUCGUCACUUAUUUCACAAAUGGAAAGAAGAAGAAAAAGAAAAAUUGGCCAGUGAACUAGAGAAGGUGAAAGAGAUGUUUAUGAAGGAGUUUAAAGAGUUAACUGCCAAAAAUACAGAAUUAGAAAAUCAUUUAUUAGAAGUCCAGAAGUCCAACAAACACCUGAAAUCCAAUUUAGGCACAUUAAAGGACAGCUAUGAAUUUAUUGAAGAGAAACACCAGAGUGCUGUAGAUCAUGAGAACGUAAUGCAGCUUCUUGAAAAACAGGAAACUAAAUGGACUUCUAAAGUGCAAGCCCUUCAAGAAGAACAUGGAAAUGAAAAACACCAGCUUACGUCACAGAUUGAGAAGCUCAAAACGGCAAUGACAGAGGAAUUCAAUGCAAGCAACAUCUUCUAUAAGAAGAGGAUAGAAGAACUAGGACAGAGACUUCAAGAGCAGAACGACCUUAUAAUUGCACAGAAGCACCAGAUACAAAAUUUGGCUACCAAAAAAUCAGUAGAAAACAUGAGGUCGUCUGAUGUGAAAGCUUCAUCACAGAAUGUUGUUCAGCCCAAAUCCAGUCUGUCAUCCACACGUGAACAGGCCCUCUUGGUGCACAUGCUGGAGCCCAUAGAGGAGCUUCCAGAGGAUGAAAAAGAAAUAGAGAAACAUGAGCCCAAAGUAGGGAAGAAUAAGCACCAUGUAAUUCAUACUUUGAAGAGCAAUCCUUCUUUAACAAGAGAGCUCAGAGCUGUUUUGGAACAGACCCUAGCAGAGAAGUUGGAAUCCUUGGGAAUUAAAUCAGGAGUUCAUGGUAUCCCAAGUGAUCAUUUGACCAGAGUCUUAAUGUCUGUUGAAUCUGCUAGAGAAGAGAGAAAGAAACAGGUCCCUGACAUUCAGCAUAUUCGAGAGCAACUUGAACGGCAAGUCAGCUUUAGAGUUGCAGAAAGAGCAUCUUGCAGCAGGCUUCUUUCCCACUCCCAGCUUUCUCCAGAAGCUAACCAGAGGGCAGCUCACAUAGGAGGUUCAUUAUCCACAGUGUUACCCAAACCAGCAAAACGUUACUCGGUUGCCAAACGCCCAUCCGUACAAAGAACACUCCCUGCAGAAAACACAUCUACUCCGAAAACCAAGAAGAGCGCUUUGGGAGGUGAAAUUCCCAGGAAGUUGCAUAGUAUUACAACCUCACCAUUUAGCUCAGAGGAUGAAGUGGAGGAAGACGACAUCAUGCAGUCCUACAUCUCACCAGAAUUGUCUCAGCCUAAAGCACCCAAGAGCAACAGCAAGGGCAGCUUGUCAAGAUUUGCAAGCCAGAGUGAUGUGAACUCGCCUGAAGAAGAUGAAGUGGAAAAAAUCGGAGUGAAUCUUAAGCCGUCAAAAAGCAUGCUAAUUGAAAGAGCAAAUGAUCAAGUGGAAAAGCUUCUUUUGAGCCAAGGAAAGGGAAAUAAACCCGUUGGAGAAAUUGUUGUCGGCUCAGCAUCUAUUCAGAAAUGUGCCCAAGGAGUAAAGUUUACUAGAGUUGAGGAUGAAGAUGAUGAUGACUGGGAUUUAUCAUCCCUGGAAGAUGAAAAACCCUUGCUGGCGAAAGAGGAGAAAGUUAAGAAUGUAGCUGCCCUUGAAAAGAAUGAUUCAAAUGUUACGUCCAUGCCCCAUGCCUGGGGGGCUCCUAUGGGAAAAUCACCAAAGGAUGAAGGCCUUCAAGAUGCAGAUACAACAAGUACAUUAAAAAGCAGCUUGGUCACCGUCACAGACUGGAGCGACUCUUCAGAUAUAUGAUUGUUGUCUUUGGAAUGAGGUUUUAUCUACAACGAUCUGAUUUCUGUUCAUUUUUCUUGCUGUGCAUUAACAACGAACUUUUGUUUACAAAACUCUGGUGUCUUUUUAGUUUCCCGUUGAUAUAAUGCAGGACUGUUAUAAAUGCUUCCAGCUAGCUCUCCAAUUUCAGGGAAUAAGUGAUUCUCAAUUAACAGUAUUAACUGAACCACUAUUAAGUAAUGAAGAAAAAUAAAAUUUAAAAAACCAACAACCUUUAUACUAAACUUUAU